AUGGGUGGAGAUGGCGCAGCGCUUGGAGGGUCUUCGAGUGGAAGUGGAGUGCCAUCUGAACCAAGAAUUGUAGGUGGAAAUUAAGGGUAGGUUAUAGGCGUUCACGUUACCGUUUGCUUUGCCGCUCUUAAGGGAGAGAGGCACAACAAACGGGGUAAGCGAACACCAAAGACCUACCUCUAAGAUGAAAGUGCAGGUCUAGAGCCGCCGGCUUCCAGCUCGACCGGCACAGAAGGAGCUUCGCCUGCAGUUCUGGAGCCGCUGGCUUCUACAGCACUGCUAGGGGAAACACUCUCAGGUGAAGCGCCUCAAAAUAAAGUAGCAUCCGAGCGAACAGGAACGGUAGGAGAAGCACGGUCUCCCGAUGACGAGGUACAAGAUAUAGAAGUUACGGAAACUAAAUCGAAUAAGUACGUGAUACUUGUGAAAAAUGCAACUACAUUUGACUUUGAAUACAUAAUAAGCUUUUUUACCGACUCGUCUAGGUUCUUGUUGUAGCUCCAUCUCGACGUUCUUCUAGAUACAGUCACAGUCGACGAUGUUGAAAAACUUCAUCUAUCUUUUUUAUUUUUUGUACUUCUAAGGAAAAACAGGCGGCGUAUAUGGAAAUCACCGUUGUGGGGGUGCUCAUCUUAAUCGUAAUUGCGAUUGUAAUCCCGAUUGCGUUCGCCGUCUGGUUUUAUUUUUAAGGUUCAGUCCCAUCUUCUUAAGAUAGUUAGUGCAUUGACCUAGUCUGAGUCCCAAAGCGUGGAGAGAGUGGUCAAGGUAAGACGAGUAAGAAGAUGGAUCAGGGUUCUCAACAAUUCUAACAUUUGGCGUCGUCUUCUUCGAGCAGCUCUUCUACUCCCGCAGCCGCGGACAAUGAGGAGGAAGAUUUCCUUAUCCCCCAACAAGAGGAGACGGUGAAUGCAAAUGAUGCUUAUGAAUAGAAUUGCAAAGCGAAACACGAUGCCGCCCAUAUUACUCAAAAGAGAAUUAGAAAAUAGUUAUACAAGAACUACUACUACCUGUAGUAUAUCAGGGAAGAGAUUGCUCCAGCUCCUCUUAUAUAAUCAAACAUCAUCAUCGUGAGCUCUAAUAGGAGGAAGAUUUCCUUAUCCCCCAACAAGAGGAGACGGUGACUGCAAAUGAUGCUUAUGAGAAUAUCGCGGACGUCGAGAAUAUCGCUUCGUCCUCGGUGCACCAGGACGCAGCUCCUGGGGGAACUGCAGUCGUUGAUGGUAGCGCAGGCGGAGCAUUCGAGGGCAGUGCAGAUGAUGGACGGGUCGGAAACGCAGGUGGAGUGGUCGUGGGGCCUUCCGCCUAUUAGACGAGUUAUACUUACACAGAAUCAGAAAGGCAGGAGAUGAUGAACAAGAAGAAGAACAAGUUGGUCCUCAGACGACAGUAGCUAUUUUGUUUUUGCUUGGACCCAUCCACCGCAUUUGCGGCAUCAAGGUGAUGGGCGAUCAUGAUCAACAACAACAAGAAGUGUAAUGGAAAUUAAUAGGGUGUAACACGUAUUAACGAAAAGAUACGAUUACGAUUCGAUAAUAUUAGGAUUUGAAGUACUACACGAAGGACCGUAAAAAUUUUUGUUUUGGAAUGAAAAUAAUACAACAUAGCGUGCUGUCCUUAACUGAGAACAAGACUUUCGGAAAUAGAUAAGUAGAAUUUAAUUAUAUGAUCAUCAUAAUGAUGUAGAUGUUAUACGACAGGUGGAUACUGAGUAAGUUAGAGACUGCAGGCAUAUUAUUUUUUUAACGAAUUGGUAGGAGUUUUUAAAUCGAUCAGAGACGGAGGAUAUUAUUCCCUGUAGUUAUUUUCAAUUACCUUGCUUUGCUUGGGGGAGUAGCUACAUAUGGCGUUUAUAUUCUUCCUUUUGAAAGACAUGAAGGUAGUCGCAUAAAAGAGAUCGCGCAUAGCUGUUUAUAUGGUGCCUUUUCUCAGUGUGAGCAAAUUAGCAAUAGCAUACGUAUAGCGGUAAUCCACGAACUUGCAAUUUUCAUAGUUCGCUUACCUUUCCGCCUCACUUGGAUCCUCACCGAUUUUUACCUGCGCCUAAACUGAGUUCCGCUCUUUCCUCAGUUAGUCCAUUUAUUUAUGACUCUUGAGUACGUGAAACUUCAAUCAUUCCGCGGCCGUUAAGGGAGGACUUGAAUGAAGAUGAUGGUCAUGCUCUUUACACAUCUUCAAGUGAGUAACUCGUGUCGACAGUUGCCGCUAGAUAGAUAGGCGCUGCGAUUAACGACUGCUAGGCGUUAUACGACAGGAUGCUGAGUAUCGCAGUCGUUAUCGCAAUCGUAUGGAUGUUAGGACGUCGACACGAGUGAAAGAGAGGGAGAGCCGUCGCGUGUCGGUGGCAAAUUGAGCUCUGGCACACAUGCAAAAGGGAACUCGAAUGGCCGGCAUUUCGGCACUCUUUCUAUCAAGGUGGGUAGUCCUGCUUUCAACGAGUACCAGCAAGCUAGAGGGGGUUUUGUCGUAGUGCCUAAGCAUAGUGUGGUGCGCUCGCGCUGGUUUCUAAAAGGGAAGCGCAUUUAUUACACACUAACUCCGGACAACUCUUAGUCUUGGCGUAUUAGAUGUGGCGAGUUAAUGUACGAUCUAGCUUGAUAUCUUUUGCAGGAGCGUGCUCAACCAUUUGCUACUAUUUCUUUUCACCUUCGCGACGAAAUUACGGGGUGGAGGCGUCGCGAUAUAAAAAUAUUGGACCAGAGCAAGCUGGUUAAGAUAUCGAUGGGACAGUGGUGCUUUUACUUUUUCAAUAACUAGUAUGCUCGCGCGACGUUGAGACCCUAUUACCUUACGGUGAGCGCUCCGUCGUCUUCAGUAUCUGCCGAGGCUCCCACGCCUUCGGUGAGUACUUAUUCGGGAUACACUCACCCGGAUUAUAUCGCUUUUAAGUUGCUUUCCCAAGCGACCUUGUUACUCUACUUAAAGAGAUUCCGGAUGAGUUACAAGCGUUAUCGCCGAUCAUCAAGCUUUAUUCCGUAUAUGGGAAAAAGCGACCCGGUUCUUCGGAAAGUGUUUCAUUGUCAUGCUUUACCUUUACAACGUAUGACAUGCUAGAGGCAAAGUAUGACAUGCUAGAAGAUCAUGAAGCAAAAGACCUACUCGCUUCCUCUGUCGUCUCUUUGGACGAAAAGAAGAGACUGCAGGCAUAUUAUUUUUUUAACGAAUUGGUAGGAGUUUUUAAAUCGAUCAGAGACGGAGGAUAUUAUUCCCUGUAGUUAUUUUCAAUUACCUUGCUUUGCUUGGGGGAGUAGCUACAUAUGGCGUUUAUAUUCUUCCUUUUGAAAGACAUGAAGGUAGUCGCAUAAAAGAGAUCGCGCAUAGCUGUUUAUAUGGUGCCUUUUCUCAGUGUGACCAAAUUAGCAAUAGCAUACGUAUAGCGGUAAUCCACGAACUUGCAAUUUUCAUAGUUCGCUUACCUUUCCGCCUCACUUGGAUCCUCACCGAUUUUUACCUGCGCCUAAACUGAGUUCCGCUCUUUCCUCAGUUAGUCCAUUUAUUUAUGACUCUUGAGUACGUGAAACUUCAAUCAUUCCGCGGCCGUUAAGGGAGGACUUGAAUGAAGAUGAUGGUCAUGCUCUUUACACAUCUUCAAGUGAGUAACUCGUGUCGACAGUUGCCGCUAGAUAGAUAGGCGCUGCGAUUAACGACUGCAAGGCGUUAUACGACAGGAUGCUGAGUAUGGCCGUCGUUAUCGCAAUCGUAUGGAUGUUAGGACGUCGACACGAGUGAAAGAGAGGGAGAGCCGUCGCGUGUCGGUGGCAAAUUGAGCUCUGGCACACAUGCAGCAGGGAGCUUGAAAUGAG